UUCACUUUCUCUAAAACAUGUCGAUCGGAUCUGAUAGUAGCGUUAUAUACGACACAAGUCAGUGGUUUAGGCAGUAGUUAGUGUCUGUAAAUUUUUGAAGUCGUGAAAACCUUUGAGAUGUCUGGAAGAGGAAAAGGAGGCGGUGGUGGAAGGGGACGAUCGGCACUCAAUGCUAGUUUCAUCCCGAUUCCGAUUAACCGUCCAGCUAACGUGGACAUUAGCCUCGCCAUCAACAAUGUAUCCGUGGGACUGUACGGUGCCGCUGCCUCGGACAUUCCCACCGGGAAUCUAAUGGUUUCUCCUAUAAGUAUCCUGUACUGCACGCUUUUGGCUUAUCUUGGCUCCCGGGGAUCCACGCGCAGUAAUCUUUAUGAUUCACUGGAUUUCCAGGAAAUCUCUCCUGCCGGGUCUGAUACGGAUAUUGUGGGAGCCUUUGAGCAGCUGAUGAAAGAUCUGAAAGUGCAGACCAGUGCCACGGCGAAAGGUCAAAAAGCGAAGAGGCCGAAAGCAGCCAAAGAGACUGAAGAGAUUUCCCUCACCAUAGAGAGUACGGAACCGCGCUUUCAGUUAUCGUUAGCGAACGGGGUAUUUAUCCAAAAUAGUGCAGAUAUUGAUCAGGGGUACUUAUCCACGGCAAAUCAGAAACUGAAAGCGUCAGUAGAAAAGAAAGAUUUUAUGAAGAACGCAGAAGGCUCCCGGAAAGACAUCAAUAAAUGGGUGGAAGAGCGUACCGGCGGCCGCAUCAAGGACCUCAUUCCCGCAGGUAGCGUGGAUGGGAGCACGGUCGCGGUGCUGGCCAACGCCAUCUACUUCAAGGCUCGUUGGGAGAAAACCUUCCAUGAAGCGGCCACCAAUCAGAAGGGCACCUUCAGCACCCUAGACGGAAAGACAGUCCCGGCAAAGAUGAUGCACAUGGAGCAGACCGGCUGGUAUUACACCGAAGGCAGCCAACUUGGCAUACAGUACCUGGAGAUUCCCUAUGCGGAUUAUGAAGCGUCGAUGCUUAUUUAUCUGCCUAAGGCUAAAAACGGGUUGCGGGCAUUGGAAAAGGCACUGACCGCGGCGGUUAUUGCUGAUUUGGCGAAGAAAGCCCAAGGCGACAACAAUGUCACCAUGGUCGAUCUGCGGUUGCCCAAAUUCCGUGUAUCAAGUGGUUUCAAUCUGGUGAAGCUGCUGCAGAAGAUCGGCGUGAAUGAUGUUUUUACAAAGAAUGCCGACCUUACCGGUAUGGUGCCGGGUGGGCAGGUAUACGUCAGUGAUGGAUUCCAUAAAACAUUUAUUGAGGUGGACGAGAAAGGGACGGAAGCGGCGGCAGCGAGUGCGAUGGUUGUAUCGUACAAAUCGUUGCUGAUAGAGCCGGAGCCGACCAGGCGUGUGACGUUUUACGCCGAUCAUCCGUUCAUCUACGCAAUUCGUCAUAAUCGCUCAAAGGCGAUCUUGUUCAUGGGACGCCUGGAGACGCUGUAAUUGACUGCUACUGGUGAACAUUCUACUGUAGUUGGCCAGCGGAUACUGAUCGAUUAAAAAUGGUGGAAAUCGGGAAUAAAUAUCUUUUAUAUACAGUAAUAUCUGUACGUAAUGUUUUGAAUACGUCAUACAAUAUCGAUAUUGUGAAGCUCCUCAACGAGCGGAUAAUUAAACGUUAAGCCACCGCUACGCAAAAAUAUAUAGAUAUUUCGCCCAUGAUUUCUACUCCAGUGUUUUUAACAGACGGGGUAUGCACCGCUGGUUUGCUGUAAAUGUACGAGAUCGUAAACGGUACUUGCAGGGCAUGUACCU